GUAAUAGUUCAUCUCUGGCUUAUGUUACAUCUUUGAUGUAGCUGUGUACGCGAUAGUUUUGUGUGUGUGAUGUUUAUUGAGACAGUAUUGGACAACUAAGUUAUUAGAUAGAUGAAAUUAGUUGUUCAGGAGUGCUUGGCACCGGAAAUAUUAGACUUAGAAUGAUAAUGCAGCCGCCGAAGAAGAAAAGAAGGAGCUCCAAUGUUGUCACACCUUGUUGGUAUUAUGACAAAAAGGAGUUGCAUAAUACCCCAUCAAUACAAGAUGGUAUUGACUAUGAUACAGAAUGUCGCUACAGAAAGGAAGGUGCCCGUUUCAUCAUUGACACUGGAACAAAGAUGGACCUUGGAUAUAAUACAAUGGCAACUGGAGUUGUUUACUUCCAUCGAUUCUAUAUGUUUCAUUCCUUCCGGAAUUUCCCACGAUAUGUCACUGCAUGUUGUUGCCUAUUCCUUGCUGGUAAAGUUGAAGAAACACCAAAAAAAUGUAAGGAUAUAAUAAAAACAGCAAGAACUCUUCUGACUGACCAGAAAUUUUUGACAUUUGGGGAUGAUCCAAAGGAAGAAGUCAUGACGCUUGAGAGAAUAUUGCUCCAGACAAUCAAAUUUGAUUUGCAAGUUGAACAUCCUUAUAGCUACCUGCUGAAGUAUGCUAAAUGUCUUAAAGGAGACAAAAGCAAAUUGCAGAAGAUGGUCCAGAUGGCAUGGACUUUUGUGAACGAUAGUCUUUGCACUACCCUGUGUCUUCAGUGGGAGCCUGAGAUAAUUGCUGUUGCCCUGAUGUACCUUGCUGGAAAGCUUAGCAAGUUUGAGGUUGUCGAUUGGGCUGGUCGAACUGCUAAACAUACGCGAUGGUGGGACAUGUUCAUAGAAGAUGUUACAAUGGAACUUCUUGAAGACAUUUGCCACCAGGUGCUUGACCUAUAUUCAGCUCAGCCUCAAAUGACAGCAGGUGACUCCCCUCCUCAGCAGCCACCACCACAUCAACCAUCUACCAUUGCUGCUGUGCCUACAACACUGCCAGUUGUUGCACAGUUACCAGUUGCUGCUCAGUUGGCAGUAGCUGCACAGUUAUCAGCGAACGCUUCUAUACCAGGAGCUCAGCAGCCACCAGCAGCCCCACAUGAGUUGGCAGCUGUUUUAUCACCACACGUUAUGACUGGUGGCAGGCAUCGUACUGGAGCAAGUGGGCUUACUCUUGACCGGCGAGUUCUCUCGCCUACAUCACCUGUGGGACCGCCUGUAUCAGGUAUUCCACCAAAAGUCCUGAACAGCAUUGCAGAGACAAGGGUAACUCCUAAUGGCAAUAAUGAGACCAUUAUCCCAGGCCUUGGAGGGCCAUUGCAACCAGACGAGUCAUCUGUUCAGUCAUACCCACAGUAUCCGCCACCUGCAACUGCAGUGUUGCCACCUCAGUACACUGCGACUACAAUUGCUCCACCUGCUGCAGCUGCCUUCCCACCUACUUACACUACUCCAGCACCACCACCAUCUGCUGCUGCUGCCUAUACUAAUGCAAGCAACAGUGGGCAGCCAUUGUCUUCUUCAAACAUUUAUCAUUCAACUAACUCAGCUGCUGCACCUAGCUACCCACCGUCUGCACCAGACUGGAGACCAACUAGUGGAUAUGUAUGAUCGAGGAGCAGGCGCCGUGAUGGUCGGCGCCACAAGAAGUCUCAACGUUCUACUGAAGUCCCAGUAGUACCUGUCACACUAUAGAACUCUCUGUUCACUGUAAUAGGUGGUCAUAUUAUUAUUGGUUUUUUCCAUCUACAUUUCUAAUUUUUUAUUCAUUUCUUCAUAUAUUGCACAUUAUUUUGACACUAAGUACAAAGUACAGGAAGUUCUUUGUAUGACUUUUUGGCACCUUGCCAUUGAUUUUGUAUUUAAGUCUAUGUUUCAACUUUAGCAUAUUUAAUUUCGGUAAGAAGUAUACAUUUAGUAUUGCUGUCUGGGUGAUUUUCAUAAAUUAAACCUUGCAAUCAUUGUACUGACUUAUAAAGACUGUCGAUUUCAGCACCACAAUGAUCAAAACUCUGCUGUCUGUGACGUGUGAUAAGCAAAUUUCUUAGUUGCAAGGAAAAGCAGUAUUUUAGGUUCAGAAUUGUCAGAGAGAGAGAGAGAGAGAGAGAGAGAGAGAAUUGUAUACAAAAUCAUCUCCUCAAGAGUUGUAUUCUCUUAAUUACAGUGUUCUUAGAUGGAAUGAGUUCUUAUGUACUGCCUAAAGUGCGUGGAUUAUGGCAUACAUAUAAUCAGUCUUCUUAAGUUUUCAUUAACUGUUUGCUUUGCUUCACUAUUAACAAUUCCCUUAAACUAUUAACUGUUGAUUAGUUCUUUGAGCAUCAAGCACAGAGUAUUUAAUACAUUUAUUUUGAAGUUAUGAAAUUAUGUUUUUAAACAUCAAGCUGGAUCCUUUGCUGUAACCUGAAUUGUUUCAUUUAAUUUCUGAGGUGUAUACUUCAAACUUUAUUCUGAUUUUCCUUUGGGGACCUGCAUGUAGUAAAAAUGUUGUAUAGUUGGUUUUAUUGUUGUCAAGAACUUCAUUGAUACUCAAGCAGUCAAUUUAGUUUUUGUUAAUUUGAUAUAGUGUACCCUGUUGGUAUUGACCAUUAAAUGAAUUGUGUGUUUGAAGUGUGUAGUGUAUUUUCAAUGACAUUUAUAUUUAUGACAUAUCAGAAGCUGUUCAGUAAUCUCAUAUUGAGAUUCUGGCACUGAUAAAUAGUAAAUUCUUUUAGAAGCUGUAUCAGCAAGGCACCAGUAGCAUCUUUUUGUACAUUACCUGUAAAGCAAAGAUAUAGCAAGAUCAGCAGUAAAUGGUAGACUGGCUACAUGAUCCAUGUUGCUUUAUUUUCAUCAGCAGUGUGAAACAAUUGGCUUUCUGUUAAAGCAGUCCACUAAGCUGUGUGUGGCCUGGUUUCAAUAAAUUUUCUCUCCAGUCGGCAGUUUCUAUAUUGGAAACAAUGUAAGACAAGUUGUUGUAUGCUGCACUUGUCAAAGAUUGUAUAUAAUACUUCAUCUAAUUAUAAGACUGAAGACUGAUUUGUUUUUCAGAUGUUCCAAAAUAAAUGUGCCAUUUUCUGAAGUAUGUUUUUUGUGUCCAUUUAAACCCUUAAAUUCACGUGUAGUUGAAGUUAUCGAUUAUAUGAUGGAAUUUUAUGAAGACAUAUGUGAGACACUUGCCACAUCUUUUUUUCCAAUAGCAGUAAAAAUAAUAUAUUCUUAGACUCUUCAUCUUGACAGCUGAUGACAAAAACUUCGACAAGAUUGAGAGUAAUAACUUACAAAAUCAUAUUACGCAUUGGCUUAAAGGUUUGUAUUUGUUUUUUGUAGUUAUGCUGGUAGUAGCUUAAUUAUGUGGAUGUACGGGGUGUGUUGAAAAUUAAUGCCUCUGAAUUUUUUGUGUGUAAAUUGUUAAAGCUUUUUAAAUAAAACAAAUGUGUUAACA